AUGGCGGGUGAGGACCACCCAUGGCAGGGCAGCAUCCUCUACAAUCUACUGAUGAGCGCUAAGCAGAAGCACGCGUCUAGGGAAGAGCGAGAGGUGCGCUUGGGGGCUCAGUGCUGGGGUUGCGCCUGUGGUGCUCAGCCCGUCCUGGGUGGGGAGGCACUGCCUGGCGGGCAAGCCAUGUCCCUCCUGUACCGCUGCUGCUUUUGUGGGGAGAACCACCCGCGCCAGGGUGGCAUCCUCUACUCUAUGCUCACCAACGCCAGGCAGCAAUGCGUGGCGACCCAGGCGCCCAGGGCAAGAUUCGGAGCUCCUUGCUGGGGUUGCGCCUGCGGCAGCGCAGAGCCCCUGGUGGGUAGAGGGGGACUGCCGGCUGGCCAGGUCCCCUCGCUCCUGUACCGCUGCUGCUUCUGCGGAGAAGAGCACCCGAGGCAGGGCAGCAUCUUAUACAGCUUGCUCACUAGCGCUCAGCAAACGCACGUGUCUCGGGAAGCACCCGAGGCACUUCGCCGAGGAGAGUGGUGGCAGCUGUCCUACUGUACCCAAAGUGUGGGUGGUCCGGAGGGGCUGCAGAGCACACAAGCCAUGGCGGUCCUGUACCGCAGCUAUGUGUGCGGUGAAGAGCAGCCCCAGCAGAGAAGCGUUGUCUCUGGCACGCCCGUGAGUGCGGAUCAAACACCAGCUGCCCCACAAGAGCUGCCGAGGGCCCCCUGGUGGGACGUCUCAUCUGGUGUGCAGCGUCCGAUAGCACUCAAGGAUCCACAGGUGGUGUGCGAGGCAGCGUCGGCUGGCCUGUUGAAGACCCUACGUUUUGUCAAGUACUUGCCCUGCUUCCAGAUCCUGCCCCUAGAUCAGCAGCUGGUGCUAGUGCGGAGCUGUUGGGCACCCCUACUCAUGCUUGAGUUGGCCCAAGAUCACCUGCACUUCGAGAUGAUGGAGAUCUCAGAGCCCAACGGGACUCCUGAGAUGCUCACCACCAGGCGGCAGGAGACCGAGGGUCCGGAGCUUGUAGAUCCACAGGCCAUGGAGCAGUCACAGAUGAUGUCGGUGGAGGCUGGGCACCUGCUCUCAGCCGCCGCGGUCCAGGCCAUCAAGAGUUUCCUUUUCAAGUGCUGGAGUCUGAACAUUGACACCAAGGAGUACGCCUAUCUGAAGGGGACCGUGCUCUUUAACCCAGACCUGCCUGGCCUGCAGUGCGUGAAAUACAUCGAGGGUCUUCAGUGGCGAACUCAGCAGAUCCUCACUGAGCACAUCAGGAUGAUGCAGAGAGAGUACCAGAUCAGAUCCGCUGAACUGAACAGCGCCCUCUUCCUGCUGAGAUUCAUCAAUACCGAUGUUGUCACUGAACUCUUUUUCAGGCCCAUCAUUGGUGCAGUCAGCAUGGAUGAUAUGAUGCUGGAAAUGCUCUGUGCAAAGCUGUGAUGGCAUAUGGCCACUCAAGUGCAUUUUACUAUAGAUGAAGAAAGUGAUAUCUGUAGGCAGAAGAGUGCUAAAAUUUGUGAAAACAAAACUUUCUUGU